CUGAUUUCCUUAAAAAAACGACAUCAAGUAAACAUACAUACAUACAUAUAUAUAUAUAUAUAAAGGCGCUAUAUUUUCUAUAAAGUUCUUGAAGGAUGGCCACCCUUUCCGAUGAUUAUAUGAUUAAUGAACAUGACAUUCCUUAUGAGGAAGAAUUACUCCGGAAUCCUUAUUCACUUCGAAGCUGGCUGCGUUAUGUCGAUCACAAGCGUAAUGGAACAUUAGCAGAACUCUGUUUUAUCUAUGAACGUGCGAUCAAGGAGCUCCCGGGAUCUUAUAAGCUCUGGAAACAAUAUCUCGACUUAAGACGCCUUAAACUGAGUGGCAUGAGCCCUGCUAGAUUCAAAGCACAGUAUGCAUCUGUCAAUUCAUGUUAUGAACGUGCUCUUGUUCUUCUCAACAAGAUGCCUCGCAUUUGGUUGGAUUAUCUCUCAUUCCUUACAACUCAACCAUUCUUGACAUCUACUCGACGCACAUUCGAUCGUGCUUUGAGAGCUCUCCCAGUCACACAACAUUCCCGUAUCUGGGACUUAUACUUAACAUUUGCAGAAGCAGCAGGAGGAGAGACGGCUAUUCGUGUCUUGCGUCGAUACCUCAAGUUAGAGCCAUCUCAUAUAGAAACAUAUGUAGACAUGUUGAUCAAAUUAGAGCGAUUCGAUGAAGCAGCUGUAAAGUUAGUUUCGGUUGUAAACGAUAACAGAUUCGUGUCGAUCCGUGGAAAAUCACAAUACCAAAUCUGGCAAGAUUUGUGUGAGUUAGUAGUAGAGCAUUGUAGUGAUAUCAAGAAUUUACAAGUGGAACCGAUUAUCCGCAGUGGUAUCAAACGGUUCACAGAUCAGGUCGGUAUGUUAUACUGUCGUCUAGCCAUGUAUUGGAUCAAGAUGGGUCAACUUGAAAAGGCUCGCGAUAUCUUUGAAGAGGGAGUUACAGGUGUAGCCACUGUACGCGAUUUCACAGCAAUCUUUGAUGCCUACGCUGAAUUUGAAGAAGAAAUGAUUACUACAAAGAUGGAGAUGGCAGCCGAACGUGAAGAAAGCGGGGGAAAAGACGAAGACGAAGACCUCGAUUUGGAUUUACGAUUGCUGCGCUUCGAACGCCUUAUGGAUCGCCGACCUUUCUUGGUCAAUGAUGUACUCUUACGACAAAACCCUAACAAUGUAAUGGAGUGGGAGAAGCGAGUUGCUCUCUGGGGCGACAACAGAUCCAAGGUGGUCGAAACAUAUACUCAGGCUGUACAGACUAUCCACCCCAAAAAAUCACACGGAAAAUUACACGAGUUGUGGGUUCACUUUGCCAGAUUCUACGAAGAUGGUGGAGACCUUGAUUCUGCUAGAUCCAUCUUUGACCGGGCUGUCAAGGUCAAUUUCAAGACCGUAAAUGAUCUAGCUGAAGUUUGGUGCGAGUAUGCAGAAAUGGAGACCAGACAUGAUGACUUUGACAGAGCACUAGAUGUCAUGGGUCGGGCUACGUCAGUACCAAAGAUCCCGGGUGUGCAUCCCAAACAAAUCAACUUUCACGAUGAGUCCUUGCCGGUACAGCAACGUGUAUUUAAAAGUUUAAAGCUGUGGAGUUUCUAUAUCGAUCUUGAGGAAAGUGUUGGUACACUAGAGAGUACCAAGGAUGUGUAUGAUAAGGUUAUGGAUCUCCGGAUUGCCAAUCCACAGGUCAUUGUAAACUUUGCCACAUUCCUGGAAGAGCAUGAGUACUUUGAAGAGUCUUUCAAGGUGUACGAGCGUGGAAUUGAAUUAUUCGGUUGGCCGAUUGCCUUUGAACUUUGGAACAUCUAUCUCCAGAGAUUCCUCAAACGCUAUGGAGGAGAAAAGAUUGAGAGAGCUAGAGAUCUGUUCGAACAGGCAUUGGACAAGUGCCCACCAAAAUAUGCCAAGCCAAUAUUCUUGAUGUUUGGCAAGUUUGAAGAGGAGAAUGGUCUGGCACGACAUGCAAUGCGUAUCUAUGAACGAGCCACCAAGUCUGUGGCUGAUGAAGAUCGCCUUGAAAUGUUUGAGUUUUAUGCUGCAAAGGCAGUGGAAUCAUUCGGUGUUGUUUCUGCGCGUGAAAUCUAUGAGAGUGCGAUUGAGAGUCUGCCUGACAAGGAUGUGCGUAUUGUCUGUCUAAAGUAUGCUGAUCUUGAACGUAAAUUGGGCGAGAUUGACCGUGCCCGAGCCAUCUAUGGUUAUGCUUCACAAUUCUUUGACCCUCGUGUUCAGCCUGAGUUCUGGCAGACCUGGCAUGACUUUGAGGUUAAGCAUGGUAAUGAAGAUACUUUCAAAGAGAUGCUACGUAUCAAACGCAGUGUACAAGCACAGUUUCCCAGUGCCAUUUAAAUAAAAUAAUUAAAAUAAAACGAGUUUGUUAUUGUUAUUGUCUUU